UAAAGCGAGGCGCGGGCUGCGCGACAGCCGCGAGGUCCUCUGAGCGAAGAUGGCGGCGGGGGAGGCGAAGUCGGUGCUGUUCGUGUGCCUGGGAAACAUCUGUCGUUCUCCAAUAGCUGAAGCAGUUUUCAGAAAACUUGUAAGUGAUGAAAAGCUUGAACAUAAGUGGAGGAUAGACAGUGCAGCGACAUCUGCCUAUGAAAUAGGAAGCCCUCCUGACUAUCGAGGACAGAAUUGCAUGAAGAAGCAUGGCAUUACCAUGAGUCAUAUUGCCAGGCAGAUUACCAAAGAGGAUUUCCAGACCUUUGAUCAUAUACUUUGUAUGGAUGAGAGCAAUUUAAGAGAUUUGAACAGGAAAAGCAACCAAGUUAAAGACUGCAAGGCCAAAAUUGAGCUACUUGGAACUUACGAUCCACAGAAACAGCUUAUUAUUGAAGAUCCGUACUAUGGGAAUGAAAAGGACUUUGAAACUGUUUACGAGCAGUGUCUUAGAUGCUGUAAAGCAUUUUUGGAGAAGUAUCAUUAAUGCUUCAUCAUAUAAUUUCUAAAAAAAAAUACUUAGCUUCUCCUGAAAUGUGUAAAAUUUACUUGAUUGAUGUAUUUAAAUUGUAAAAUUAUGCCUCUAUGUUCAGUACUUCCUCAGUUUAAUUUUGUAUUUUAGCUGUUUUGUCAUCUAAUGAAAAAAUAUAGAAAGGUUUCAAUUGGAUUACAUGAUCAACCAUUUUGUCACACAUCAAUGUAGUUAUAAAGUAUAUAAUUCAGGAUAAAUUUUUCUGUAAAUUCUUCCAUUGCUUUCUCACAAGCACUGUAAAGGUAACACCUUGCUUCUUUAUAUGUAAUGCUAACUGAACUGAGAUCAGUCAACUUUCAGUGGUAGUGUGUGAGAUAAUUGAUGUCUAGCUUAGCUGUGUCAUCCCAGUAUCAUUAGGCAGCCUUAGGAUGGAAGCCGUUUCACAUGGAGCCUGCUAGACUAAAAGAUCUGCUGCCUAUAGGACUGGCUAAGUCUUCCUUUGCUCUUCUGGUCAGUUCCUAGCACACUGACACAAGCACAUGUAACACAGCAUUUAGUUAAAUCAGAAAACAUACCAUCUUAAAAGCUGACAUGUGAAAUUACAUUUUGUAUCUCACAGUAGUAAAAUACUCAAGUCCAUGCAAUACAAUGGAUGAGAAAUUUGCUGUAAGCCCAGUUCCUACAUGAGGGUCAGGCUAUUUCCAGAUUUACUCAGGAGAACAUACAGCCUGUCAAAAGUGUUCUGUGAGAGUAUAGUUCAGUGUAAAGACAGUCCAUCUAUAAUGCAAUACUAAAUUAGCAGAAGGCCAGUAAGACAGUUCUGCUUUUGGACAAAAUUUGAAUGCUUUGUAAAAGUCUAUGCCUGCUUUUCUAAGCAUCACCCUUCCUGUCUGCCUUACAUGUAAAUGUACUGAGAUCAGUAAUAUAAGUGAUCCCAUGAUGAUUUUUGUGUUUUGAAUAUUCUCAGCACUGGUAUGAACUAGCAUUACCACAUUAUCUGUAAAACUGGAUCUAUAAAAUUUGUUUUCUUAUUUAGCCUUGUUUUUUGUCUCUUGCUGCCUUCCAAAUUUUUAGUCCUUUUACUUGUAACCUGCUCAAUGUUCUGGGAGAGAGAUGGAUUUCAACAGAAGAUCCUGUUAUUCUUGGGGAGGUUGGAAUCCUGGUGUCACUCUGUGUGUGUUGCAGACUUCACAAUGGGAAUUAAGUUCCUUGGGACUUCUGCUGUAGAAUAGAUGUGUUUGUGUUAAUGAGGUUUCUGUUUUGUGCUAAAAUUUCAACCAGACAUAAAACUUCAGAACCUGCUUAGGAAAGGCAGAUGGUGGAAGAAAUACUUAAAUACAGAAAUUCAGAAUCUUUGUGCAUUACUGCAUUACCAUCAGUUUUGACUUCUAAAAAAUGAAUUGCAAGCUAAUAGCUAUUCCACUUUUCAGGGAAAAGAGUAAUACACUAUUUCAGAUCAAAUUAAGUACUGACUCUGGAAAAAUUAUUUUUGAUUCCUUUUAUUAAUGUUUUGACAAAGUAAAUGGGGAGAAAAUACGGGCAGUUAGGGACAGAACAUCCUAGAUGUGUUUUUUUGAUGCACUGACCUCAAAGGUGGAAGUAUUUAAGCAUAAUCUAAUAUUAUUCCCUGCCAGAAUGACCAUUUCAAAUAUUCCAGUGAAAGUAAAAUAACUCGUAAGAUUGAGAACAUGAUGGUUUGUCCUUUCCCAUUCAUGGCUAUGUAGGAAUUCAGCCUAUAGUUUUCUACUUACUAAGGCUAAGAUUGAAAGGUCUUAAAUCUUUAUCUGUGAGCUGCUGGGGUAACAAAGGAGAUAAGAGGAUAUGGUUGUUUACCUUCACUAGGCUCAGGAAUCUUCCUGUAAAGAGAUACUAAGUCAAAACUCAUGUUAAAUUCAGUUCACAUUUUAAAAGGUUCAGCCUUGAGACAGAUUUUCAGCAAGCAAUCUAGUGACUUAAUAAUUAACCACCUCUACUAGGAGGAGUAAGCUGGUUGAAUUAUUUUUAUAAUCAGUAUUUUUUUAUGGAAGCGGGGAAGGAGCACUAUGGUAUUUUAUACAAAUUUGUAGAAGCCCAGAAUACAGAACAGGGAUUGCCUUUGGGAAGGACAGUUGCACAGAACCAUUAUUUGGGUUCAAAGAGAAGCAGUGAACACAGGAUUAAGACACAGAUCAUGUAUCAUGCAGAUGACUAACUGCUCACACAUCCCAAAUAUCACUCAUGAAAAGUGUAAUUUUGAAUAAAAAAAUACAGAACUGACUCCUGUUUCUCCCUCCCCCCCCC